AUGGCAACUCCAAAAGGAUCAGUUUUUAUCUACCUCAACCCAAACUUUGAAGGGUACUAUGAAUAUGAAAUGAAAGUACCUGGAAGAUACAGAAAUACUGCCGCUACCAUCAAGUCUUUAAAGAUAGGACCUCAAACUACCCUAAGAGUAUCUGAGCCAUCUGGAAACAAGGUGUACCAAGUCAUGAGUGGUGACCAUCCAAAUGUAAACGUUCCAUACAACUCGAUCAUGCAAUGUAUCGACUCGAGCUUCAAGUUUUCAAUUGACAUCAAGUUCAAGCACACAGUCUCGGGCAAACCAGAAGACAAUUAUGACUUGACCAUCAAACCAUUGCAGUUUGAAAACACUGUCAUCCAUUCUGGUGGUGAAUACGUUGGUGUCCAAAUCCCACAACUCAACCCACCUGAUUCGUUGAUCGUCUCUCAAAUCUCUGUUCGUGAAAAACCAUGGCCACACCAAAUCGUUGCCAACGGUUCGGUCUAUUUCAAGUACAACCCAUCCAAUGAAGACAUUACCUUUGAAAAGACUGAAGGGUUUCCAACUAACAUGGAUAUUGUAAAAGAUGAUAUUUGGGGUUUCACAAUCUCCCUCAAAUCAGUUGCUAACUAA